GGCUCGUGGACCCAAGAAGCACUUGAAGCGUGUUGCUGCUCCCAAGCACUGGAUGCUGGAUAAGCUGACGGGUGUCUUUGCUCCACGUCCGUCCACUGGUCCCCACAAGCUUCGAGAGUGUCUGCCUCUGAUCAUCUUCCUGAGGAACAGGCUGAAGUACGCUCUGACCGGGGACGAGGUGAAAAAGAUUUGCAUGCAGCGUUUCAUUAAGAUCGAUGGCAAGGUCCGCACAGACAUUACAUACCCCGCUGGGUUCAUGGAUGUCAUCAGCAUUGACAAAACCGGAGAAUACUUCCGUCUGGUGUAUGAUACAAAGGGUCGCUUUGCAGUGCACAGGAUCACAGCUGAGGAGUCCAAGUACAAACUGUGCAAAGUGAGGAAAACUUGGGUGGGAACAAAAGGAAUUCCCCAUCUGGUGACCCAUGACGCCCGUACCAUCCGCUACCCAGAUCCAUUGAUCAAGGUCAACGACACAGUUCAGAUUGACUUGGAAACUGGCAAGAUUACGGACUUUAUCAAGUUUGAUACUGGUAACGUCUGCAUGGUGACCGGAGGUGCCAACUUGGGUCGAAUUGGUGUCAUCACCAACCGGGAGCGACACCCAGGCUCAUUCGAUGUGGUCCACGUGAAGGAUGCCAACGGCAACAGCUUUGCCACCAGGCUCUCCAAUAUUUUUGUCAUCGGCAAGGGUAACAAGCCAUGGAUUUCCUUGCCACGUGGAAAGGGUAUCCGUCUCACCAUCGCUGAGGAGAGAGACAAAAGACUGGCAGCCAAGCAGACCAGCGGUUAA